AUUUUUGUCUAAAAUUACUGGCGGAAAGAAAAAGAGAAUCCAGCAAAGAUUAGCAGAUGGUGGAGCUGAUAUUAGCAAAGAUUACUCUAAAGCUAUUGAAGAGAUGAUGAAACGAAUCAAACAGGGAAAGUUUGGUUUGAAAGCUGUACAAAUGAACAACACAGUGGGUGACAGUGUUGAUUCUGCUGAAGGAAGCAGCUCCUUGAAGCCUUCGAAUUCCACUGAAGAAGAUGGCAAGGCUAUUAAGGAGUUACAGAACAUUCUGAGUAAAAUGAAAAAGGUUCGCAGUGAAGAUGAUAUUGUAUCAUUGAAUGAGCCACCUGCAGAUAACGAUUCCGAGUUUGCUAAAGCUUUCAGGAAAAUGCAUCAAGCAAAGCAAGAAAAAAGCACUGAAAUAAUCAAACCAACGCCUAAGAAAAGACUGGCUAUCAUCGCUGAUGAACAGGAAUAG